AUGCCCUAUUCAAGAACAAGCUACUAAAAUGUUCAAAAUGAAACAUUUGCAGUGAAUCUACAAGAUGAAAUUCCUGAUAAUGACCCAAGCAGAACAUAAAGAGAUAUGCUAAAUGAUACUAAUACUAAACUAUUCAAUUCAUAGUUAAGAAUCUAAAUUUAACCAAUGAGCCAAUAAAUUAAUGUAGAUGAUAUCUAGUUAGUUUUAUAAGACUAGAUAGAUAGAAAAAGAAAUUAUGAGGAUGAGUCAGAUUUAAAUGAAUCUUAAAUCAAGGAAAUUAAUUAUGUAAAAAAGUAGUCAAUCAGAAAAUACUAAACGAAAAAAUAAAAUAGAGUAAUGCUUUCAAGCACUUUCGUGAUACUCAUGCUUGCUUCUUACUUCAUCGCCUCAUAUUUUAUGUCCUUAAGAACAUUUUAAUCAAUAUCUGGUAUUGUUGAUACUCUGGGAGAAAUUUAUUCUAAAGGAAGUUGCUUGAGUGAAGUUAUCAAUGCUCAUAGGGAAAAUGUAAUUCAGAAUUCAUCAUUGGUGUUAUUUUGGAACAAGGACAUUGAUUCUUUUGAGACAAAGUUUGAAUUUUGCCAAAAGCAAUCAUAGCUUUACCAAAAGACAAGAAGGAAUAUCCCAUUACCUUUGAAUAACUUAAAAUCCUUCAUCAAUUAAAUUGAAAGUGAAACAGCUUGUAAUAGUAUCUAUAACUCUUCUCAAGAAAUGUCAAAUAAGUGUAUAAUUGCUUACAAUGGAAUUUUAAAGAAGGGACUUUAGAAUUCUCUAGAUUACUUCUUAAGCUAAAUAUUAGAGCAAAAUCUAUAAUUCAGAGCAAUUAAACACAGGACACUUCAAUAGCUAAAAGAUUUUAUAGCUGACAGUCAAGUACUAGAUAUGGUAGAAACUUUGGAAUUUGUAAUGCUUGAUAUGCUGAAUUUGUAUAAGUAAAAGGCUACCGAUACCACUUUAGAUUACUAUUCAUAGCUAUUGCGAGAUUAUUUGAUACUAUUUAGUUGUUUUAUCGUGAUUAUGGUCAUUUUGAUUAUAGUGUUUUCACUGUCAAGUUACAAAAAGAUCAAGCUACAUAUGCUGAGAACUAACAUGACUUUGAAAAUCCUUCCAUUAGAAAAUUUAUCAUAAGAAAAAAUAUAGGAAUUAAAGAAGUUUUUCUAAUGA